AUGUCAGAGAUUUCCAACAAUACCAAUAUUGACAAAGGAGAAGUAGAAAACGGUGAUAAUAAUGCGUCUGGCAGGAUUAAUUUAGAUCAAGAAGAAAUACCAUUUAAUUUUAAACAAUUUCAAGAACAAAUAAGGCAUCAAACUAUUAAAGGGCAAGCUGUGACAGAUGAUUUAGAAAGAGAUGAAAUUUUACAUCAAAAAAUUCAAAUAUUUAGAUGGGUGGGCGAAAAACAUUUAGACAUUCCAAUCACUCCUCACAAUGAAAUAUUUCUAAAUCAUGCUAAAAAUGGAUUAAUAAAGUUUGUGGAUGGUGAAGAAGGUGCGGAUAAAUUUUUACCGAUACUUAUUUUUGUAAUAUUAAAAGCAAACCCAGAACACUUAAUGUCAAAUGUUCAAUUCAGAAAUCCAGAGAAAUUACAAUCAGAAGCUGGUUAUUAUUUAUCUAGUUUAAUGAGUGCAGUUGCUUUUAUUGAAAAUAUGGACGUUAAUUCAUUAACCAUAACACAAGAUGAAUUUGAUAGUAAUAUUGAAUUAACAGUGAGAGAACUCGCAGAAGAAACACCAAAAUUACCAGAAAACACCAAAGAAAUAAGUUAUGAUAAUGCUAUAAAUCCAUCCAAGCCUAUCGUUGCCAAUAACAACAACAAUAGACUUUCAUUAAUAAAUCCAGCACAAUUACUAAAUCCAGCACAAGCAAAAGCAUUAUUCGAGAAGGGGAAACAAUUAAUGCAACAACUAAAAUUAAAACGGCAACGGGAACUAGAAGAAGAGGAUAAUAAUUUAGUAGACGAACUUAUUGCACGUUCAACAGAAAAAGAAAUGAAAGAAUCUUUAAAGCUACUUAAAUCAAUUUUUAGUGAUUUAGAGCCGGAGCUUUGUGAAGAAGUAUAUUAUGCUAAAGAUUAUAAUAUGAAUUCAGCAGCAAAUCAAUUGUUGGAGAUUUCAAAUUCAUCUAUCAUCAUUGAAAAUGAAUAUGGAAAUGAUGAUGCAGUUCAUUUCAUAGGCAUGAAUCAUGAACCUCUAAAUCAUGCAUAA